GCGAGUUCCGGUUGGCCGGAACCCAGCGGCGGGUGUGAGAGUCGGUCGGGAGCCGCUUCCAGGAUCCUGAGGUCCGGAGAAGCCGGCGUCGGAGCGGCUCCUCAAGAGUUGCUGAUCAAUGAAAUGGCAGAGAAUGGAAAAAAUUGUGACCAGAGACGUGUAGCAAUGAACAAGGAACAACACAAUGGAAAUUUUACAGACACCUCUUCAAUAAAUGAAAAGAAGAGGAGGGAUCGGGAAGAAAGACAGAAUAUUGUCCUGUGGAGACAGCCACUUGUUACCUUGCAGUAUUUUUCUCUGGAAAUCCUUAUAAUCUUAAAGGAAUGGACCUCAAAAUUAUGGCAUCGUCAAAGCAUUGUGGUGUCUUUUUUACUGCUGCUUGCUGUGCUUGUGACUACGUAUUAUGUUGAAGGAGCACAUCAACAGUAUGUGCAGCGUAUAGAGAAACAAUUUCUCCUGUAUGCCUACUGGAUAGGCUUGGGAAUUUUGUCUUCCGUGGGGCUUGGAACAGGGCUGCACACCUUUCUGCUUUAUCUGGGCCCACACAUAGCUUCAGUUACAUUAGCUGCAUAUGAAUGCAACUCAGUGAAUUUCCCUGAGCCACCCUAUCCUGAUCAGAUUAUUUGUCCAAAUGAAGAGGGCACUGCAGGAACCAUUUCCUUGUGGAGCAUCAUCUCGAAAGUUAGGAUUGAGGCCUGCAUGUGGGGUAUCGGAACAGCAAUCGGAGAACUGCCUCCAUAUUUCAUGGCCAGGGCAGCUCGCCUCUCAGGUGCUGAACCAGAUGAUGAGGAGUAUCAGGAAUUUGAAGAAAUGCUGGAACGUGCGGAGUCUGCACAGGACUUUCCCUCACGAGCUAAACUGGCAGUUCAAAGACUCGUACAGAAGGUUGGAUUUUUUGGAAUCUUGGCCUGUGCUUCUAUUCCAAAUCCUCUGUUUGAUCUUGCUGGAAUAACAUGUGGACAUUUUCUUGUACCUUUUUGGACCUUCUUUGGUGCAACCUUGAUUGGGAAAGCAAUUAUUAAGAUGCACAUCCAGAAAAUCUUCGUUAUUAUAACGUUCAGCAAGCACAUCGUGGAGCAGAUGGUGGCUUUCAUUGGUGCUGUCCCCGGCAUAGGUCCGUCUCUGCAGAAGCCCUUCCAGGAAUACCUCGAGGCCCAGCGGCAGAAGCUGCACCACAGGAGUGAAGCGGGCGUGCCCCAGGGAGAAAACUGGCUGUCCUGGAUGUUCGAGAAGCUGGUGGUUGUGAUGGUGUGUUACUUUGUCCUGUCUAUCAUUAACUCCAUGGCACAGAGUUACGCCAAACGAAUGCAGCAGCGGUUGAACUCAGAGGAGAAAACCAAAUAAGCAAAAAACCAUUUUUAACUGCAGCAGUUAUAGUGGAGGGGUUCUGCCUUACCUUGGGAGAACUCCAAAGGAGGAAGGAAAAUUCCCUUUUCCAACCUGCACCAGUUUUAAAGACUCUUCCUGAAAGCAGCUUAGCCCCUGUUUUGCACUGACAUGCUUUUCUGUGUUAAGGUGAGGCGCCCCUCAGCUCAGCCCAGCUUGUGUUGUCAGGCUGGCGCGCGCCGCUGAGCCCAAACUUAACAGCACCUGGCCUCUCUCUUCCCAAAGGCCCACAUGGUACAAUUUGAGGAUUCCUGCCACACCAGAAGUUCCCAAGUGUGUUAAACAUGUCAAGCUUUUUCAGCUUGUCGCCAGUGAUUGCUUUGUUUUUGUAAGUCAUCAAAAUGUAUAUAAGUUAUAGAGAUUGGCUGAUGGUCCUGCAUGUGUAUCAUGGUACAAUUUAAUAUGCCGUCCUGCCCAGUCCCUCCCUCCUCCCUCAAAAAAGGCCAUUUUAUGAUGCAUUGCACACCCUCUGGGGAAAUCUAUCUUUAAAUUUUGAGACAGUAUAAGGAAAAUUUGGUUGGUGUCUCGUGAAUGAGCUGACACCAUUUUUUAUUCUGUGUAUUUAGAAUGAAGUCAUGAAAAACUUUAUAAAGACAUCUUUGAUCAUUCCAAAA